AUGGAAGAUUUAAAGUUAAGGAAUCUACAAAGACUAUGUGAAUAAAGUUCAACUUAUUUCAUUUCUUUAUUCAUGUAAAAUAAUUAAUAAUAUCAAUAUAGAAACACUGUUAUCAAAUAAUUAUAUUCAAAAGAAGGAUUAAUGUUUAAAUUUAUGAUACAUAUAUUUAGUGUAUGA